AUGAAUGCACCAUCACCCCAGCUAAUAAACCUUCCCCAAGCUACGUAUCCGUACCAACCAGUUCAAGCUGUUCCAUCAAACCUUUCCCAGCAGUUACUGUGUGUAAACCACCCUCAGCUGGACAUUUACCCCUAUCAAGGAGAGCAAAUGGUUCCGUUGAAUAUCUGCAUGCAAGGAAAUUUGAUUUAUCCGCCGAAUCUCAGCCCACAGUUUUAUAAUAACCAUUCACGAGCCGAUGUACGGGCGGCAUACCCGGAUCCUUACAUGAAACUCCCUGAUCAAAAAGCAGGUCAGUUUGCACCUCCCCCGAUAGAUGACGACAGAUAUCAAAAACAGCUCAUUGUGAACUAUUUGGCUCCCGAAGCUACCAAGGACCAUUUGUAUAACCUUUUUUCUCGCUUUGGUCCUCUCGACGGGGCGCGUGUUAUAUACGAUAGGCAGACUAACCUAACUCGUGGUUACGGAUUUGUCUACUUCCGCAACCCAGAGAGUGCAAGUAAAGCGAUCGAGGCCAUGAAUGGCUACGAGCUCUAUGGAAAGCGUCUGAGGGUUGGCUACACCACAAACCCAAUCAACAUUAUCUCAAACGAUUCGAUUUCAUCGUAUCCGAGUAAUAGUACGCAUUGA